UUUCGCCGUUUCUGGGGGAUCGCUCAGUGCCGCAUUAUCUUUACGGCUGGUCAGUGAUUUCUUUUUUUAAAUAGUAUUACGGAUUUCGGUUGGAUUUGUCGAGAGUAACUGGACAUGAUACCGAGGUUAGAGUAAAAGUGGUGAACGGGUAGUUCUACAAAAAAACCCCAAUUUGAAUACAGGAUUAUUAUUGGCUUGAAAAUCACACAAAAUAAAAAAAGAAAACAUGGGCAAAUUCGAAGAAAGCUACAUUAUGGACUCGACCCCAAAGUCUUCCAAAGCGAUCCUGAACAACAACUACGUCUUCAGCAACAAGGACGUCACGCUGAACAACAUCUCGGACUUCUACAAUGACACGAAAAUCUUCAUAACUGGCGCCACUGGAUUUGUAGGGAAGGCUCUUGUAGAAAAAUUGCUGAGGACAUGCACCGGAUUGGAUUCGAUUUAUUUGUUGAUGAGACCGAAGAGGGGAAUGGCUGUCGAACAAAGAUUGAAGGAAUUGUUUAAAAAUCCUGUAUUCAAUAGAAUUAGAGAAAAGGAUCCAUACGUGUUUGACAAAGUGAAAAUAAUCUCAGGGGAUGUUUCCACCAAGAAUUUAGGAAUAAGCGAUAUAGAUAGGAAAUUCAUAAUCGAUAACGUGAAUAUCGUCUUUCAUUCUGCUGCAACAGUAAAGUUCAAUGAAGAUUUAAAGUGCGCCGUAACUUUAAACACGUUAGGAACCAAGAGAGUAGUUGAAUUAUGCAAAGAAGUCAAAAAUUUGAAGAGUUUCGUACAUAUAUCGACGGCGUUCAGUAAUUCCGACAAAGAAACCAUCGAGGAGAUUGUGUACGAUCCACCUUAUGAUCCGGAUGCUAUUAUGAGUUGUGUGGACGUGCUUCCUGAUUCAGCCAUCGAGCAGCUGUCCAAGCAGAUUUUGGGAAAGCAUCCAAACACUUAUACAUUGACCAAAGCAAUGGCAGAGCAUGUGGUGUCGGAGAACUCCUCCAUUAUACCCACCUGCGUCGUGCGACCAUCCAUAAUAACCUCAGCUUGGAAAGAACCAUAUCCUGGUUGGGUUGAUAAUAUAAGCGGCAUUACUGGCAUUUUAAUGGAAUGUGGAAGAGGCACCAUCAAAUCAAUUAUAUGUGAUGAAAAGUGUAAAAUGGACCUGAUUCCUGUUGAUAUUGUAGUCAACACGAUUAUCACAGCGGCAUGGCAUACAGCAGCAUACAGGUCAAACACCAUGAGAGUCUACAACUGCACCAGUAGUAAUAUGAAUCCCAUUACUUGGAAAUACUUUGGAGAGUUAACCCACAAAUAUUCAGUGGAGUAUCCAAGUAAAUACGUGACAUGGUACCCGAGUUUUACAUACAGAACUAAUCGAUUCAUGCAUUAUCUUUGUGCAACCAUGUUCGUCACUCUUCCAGCUAUUCUAUUAGAUUGUUUCUUGUUUUGCACCAGACAGAAACCUAUGUUAUUGAAACUUUCGAACAAAUUUUAUAACGCCCUGGACGCGGGAAAGUUCUUCUCGACAAACGAAUGGCAGUUCCAAGUGUCCCACAUGGAAGGCUUGAUACACGCCGUGACGCACGCUGAGGACGGCGAAAACUUCGAAAUAGACAUGAGGGCGUCCAACGGCUUCAAUUGGGACCCUUACGUCAGGCAGUUCAUUUUGGGCGUCAGACAGUACGUCCUGAAGGACGACAUCAGCAGUCUGCCACAAGCUAGAUCAAAAUUAAACAAGUUGUAUUGGUUCCAAACCAUCUUCAAAAUAGUGUCGCUCUACGGCGUCUUGAAAUUUGCCACGCAUCAACUCACGAAUCUGUAACACAAUAUUCAUUUUGCUCAAUCAUUUAAAAAAAAAAAAAUUAGAAUGGGGAAAUUUUCUAUGAUUUAAUUUUAUUCUCACCCGUACCUGGAUAUUAUAUAUAUAUAUUAUAUGUACUUCAAAUUAAUCCCAAUUCAUUCUAAGCAAGGAUUUGUCAUUAAUUUUUUAAGGGUGGCAAAUAACUGCAUCUAUUUAUUUUGUAGAUAGCCUUUACAAUUGUGUAUGUCUUUUUUUUCAAUUUUGGAUAAGGUGUAUAUUAUAUUUAUAUGUAUAUUUUUACGAAACAAUAAAUAUUAUUUUUGGA